AAUGUUAAUAUAAAAUGCGGAUGAUUGCUUCUUGAAGUCAGUCGACCAUAUAAUUUAGUCAUCGAGUGGUUGUGAACAUAAAAACAGAUUUUUUCUUCAUUUUAAAAUUCAAAUUGAAAUUUCCACAAAUUUGCAUAUUAAUUGAAGGUAAAAUGAUGUUUCAAACGAUCGCAACCAGCGUGUUUAGAGGAACAUUCAACUCGAAUCUCAGGAGGAAUCUCAACAUUAUUCCCAGAAAAAAUAAUUUACAGUUAGCGCAAUUCAAUCGACAUUUAGCCAUGUACGCGAACAUGAAAACCUCUCCAUUGAAUGGAAACAAUUUGGUCGUCGACAUGAGAUCAGACACAGUGAGCCAGCCGACCGAAGAGAUGCGCCAUGCAAUGGCAACGGCCGUGGUCGGCGACGACGUCUUCGGCGAAGAUCCAACAACGAACGAGUUGCAACAGCGUUUCGCUCAACUAUUUGCAAAGGAAGCUGCAAUUUUCGUACCGAGUGGUUGCAUGGCCAAUUUGAUAUCAGUGAUGGUACAUUGCAGUCAACGUGGAGCGGAAGCAAUUGUUGGUGAUUUAUCUCACAUAUUUUUAUAUGAGCAAGGUUCCUCUGCUCACAUAGCAGGAGUUCAAUUAAAUACGAUCCCAAACGAACCGGAUGGAACUUUUUGCUUAAACCAAUUUAAAAGGAAAAUUCGUGGAUUCGACUGCCAUGAACCAAUUACUGCUCUAGCCGUAAUAGAAAAUACUCACAAUAUGUGCGGUGGUAAGGUAAUUCCAAUCGAGUUUUUGGAUGAAUUCACCAAAAUUUGCAGAGAAAAUUCGUUAAAAUGCCACAUGGACGGAGCUAGGGUAUUCAACGCAGCCGCUUACCUGAAUGUUCCUGUGUCACGAAUCGUUAGAGAUUUCGAUUCAGUAGCAGUGUGUCUCAGUAAAGGUUGUUCGGCGCCGGUCGGCUCAAUAUUGCUGGGAUCCCAGUCCUUCAUAAAUCAGGCACACCGUAUGCGAAAAGCUUUGGGCGGAGCCAUGAGACAAGUUGGAGUUUUGUCUGCAGCUGGUCUGGUAGCGCUGGAUACUAUUGUUCCUGGUUUCAACGAGGACCAUGAAAAAGUCCGACGUAUUGCCCAAGCUAUUUUCAAUACAAGAAGCCCGAACGUAACCGUCGAUAUCGAAAAUGUUCAAACAAACAUUUUGAUGAUCCAGUUGGUCAAUGAGAAAAUUACAUCUUCAGAUUUUACAAAGAGAUUGUCGGAAGUUACAGAAGCAGAACUUUUAAACAACAUCACUGAUAAAAGUGGAAAGGGAAUUCUUGUACAAGUUAGUUCGAGAGAUUGCAAAUUUGCACGAUUGGUUAUUUAUAGACAAAUUACCGAUGAGGAUGUGGACUUAGCGAUAAAGAAGAUAAAAUUCGUUAUACACGAAUUUGAUAAUAAAAUGUGAAAAGUUUUCUGAUAAUUUUCUACAAUGUUUUGUCGUGUACACGCU